GCAGAAGGCUGAAAUCCGGCUGUGCAACUGCCAUGUGCCACCACUGCCCAACUGUGCCACACAAGGAGAACAGUACUGCAUCCGUUCGGGAUGAUUAACACUCGUCACGACCACAACACCGCUUUUUGGAUAAACAUUCGUUUUCUAUUCCAUUAGGAGUGGAGGUUUUAGUCCUGCCAAGUCUCAGCACCCCUGACUGGAUUCACGGCCAUCUGACCAGGGCAGGGCAGCACCAGAGUGGGGCGGCCUCGGCUCACCCGUGGUGCCCAGGCCAGGGCCCGCCCCAGGAAGCGGUGCAGGUGCUGGCCUGAGAUGACAGGCCACACGAUGAGUGAGGAGGAAGCCACUAGAAACCCCAAGCCCCAGCAAAACGUAAAACCCACUUCAAGAGAAGGGACCGUGAGACCCCGAGAAGGAAACACCACACACAGGGCUUCUAAACCCCGAGGAGGCAGCGCUCCCCAAAGAGAAAGCAAAAGUCCCUCCUCCUUAGACCAGCUGUGAAGUCACGCACGUCGGACCUUAAGGGCCAAGUUUCCCGCGAGGCAGCUCGACUGGCAGCACAAGUGGGGCCCGCAGCUGCCUGAAGAGCCCUCCUCGCCCAGACAGCCCGCUGCUCGCAGCACCGGCUCCGGGCGCCGGCCCUCCUGGGACCUCCAGCCGAUUCCUCCGAGGCCUGGCUAUCCCUCGGCCAUAAACUGCACUAACCAGACCAGGCUCCUCCUAGUCAGACCAAAACAGAAACACGUCAAAACUACAAGAGAAACAAGACAAAAAUCAGUUUCUGCUUAAAGCUGUCACUGCUCAGGUGCAGCUCUGCUCCAUCACGCUCCCCUCCCGAGUCAGUCGCGGCCCCAACCGUAAAGCCCGCCUCACACCUCACCGGAAUGGGACGCCACGCGAGCUUUGCGGAGAAAACAGCAGAGAGGGAAGGGCACCCAAGGCCACGAUUCCCAGGUGAGUCACUCCCAACUACUGUGACAGCUAGGCAGGGUCGAGUCCCAGGGAGGACGGAGGCUGGGCAGGGGGCGCCGUGAGGAGGGGCAGGAGAUGCCUCUGCUAGUCUCUCCCUGCCCACCAGGGCAGCUCCUGAGAGGCGGGAAGCCAGGGGCGGCGUGCCCUGCUGGAGCUGCCCCAGCCCGGUGCCCUCUCGCGGGCCUCUGGCCCACGGUCAGCCUCGGCGAUUCUCAAGUCCUGGUCAAACUCCUGAGCGAGGCUGGAUGGGCCCUGAGGCCAGUGGCACGCAGAGGAAGAACAAGUCAGCCUCCGUGAGGCGCCCAGGGAGGAAGGCAGGGCUGCCUGUGAACCGGCAGCUCUGGCAGGACGAGGCACGCCGGGACCCUGUGGCCAGCGGCACCAGGCGGCCACGCCCGUCAGCACUGGCCACACGCAAAACCACAGAACCUCGACCAAGCGAUUCCAGGCUGCUGGCUCCCGGAACCUCCAAACCCUGGCUGCCCCUUCAGAUGGGGGCCACCUGGCCGUCAGCUCCGGGCCGCUGCCGCUGCUCAUGAAGGCCACUUCCUGUGCUGACUCAAGUCCCCUCCCCGCACGCAUGCAGCUCUGGACGCGUGGUCUGUGACUCACAGCAAACUGGCGUAAGGAAAGCCCACUAUUUGCUGAGGGGAAGAAGGGCAGGUCACAGGCCUAUGGAGGAGGGCUGGCCACGCAUGUGCGUGACCGCGUGGGGUGCGGGCGCACGGGCAGCUCCCAAAACACGGCCGCGAUGCUCUCCGGGACAGGGUCACUGGGGUCACCGGCAGCUGCGCGCUCCUCUCAACGUCUGACACGCCCAUUUCCGUUCAUCCGCAGUCAGGUAUGAGAGGUGCUGGGUGCUCUGCAGGCUUCAGUAGAGCCCGGGAGCCAGGAGACGCUCGAGAGGAAACUGCAAGGCCCCCGCUGGCCGUGCUCGGAGGAGCUGCCAGGCUGCGGCCCAGGGCACGGGGACACUGCCCUCCUGCUUGUCUGCACAAUUCCUGCCACAAGACAGAACUGGGCACGAAGAGCGCCUGGCCAGGGCAGGUCAAGACACGCCCGCUGCCCGCAGCGGGGGGCAUCUCCACGGGGAUAAGCUGGCUCAGCUCAUCAACCCGAGUACAGGUUUAUUCCAGAGGAACAAGAGGCGGAGGAGGCGAAGUCAAGCGCACAGUCGCUCAGGGGCAGGGAGCCUGGCCACGCCCCCUCGCCUCCCGCCAGGUGCUGCGACAGCUCCCCAGCCUGCGCCAGCCAGCGCUCCUCCAGGCCGUUCCAGCGACCUCUCCAACGGUGGGGCCUGGGCCCAUCCCUCCCACACUGGCCACAGGGACCUUGCAAGCAACCCCUACAUUUGACACCACAGCACACACAUGUGCGUGUGCGUCGCACAGAGUGGGACAGCCCGCUCUGCCAUCCCCCUCCUUGCCUUCUUGCCUGGGGCAGCCUAGCACUUCCCAGCCGGACGGCCCAUUGUCUAAAAUGCACCAGCCUGGACUUGCUGGUCAAUCUCAGAGCCCCCCUCGAGGGACAGCAAGGGACGCUGCCGGCCACUGUGCACGGGUCUGCUUCUCGCUCACAUCACGCUGCAGACGGCCUCCCGCACGGCCCGGGGCGCUGCUCUCCCACUCGCCGCAGGGUGAGCCCCGGCAGUGCCCAGCACACCCUCUGCAGGCGGCUCCUGCCCUGUGGGGCCUGAGCGUCGGCCCUUCACCCCCUCACUCGCUGCUGCUGCAGGGCCAGGCCCCACGUGCCAGGGCUGCACGUGAGCCCAUGAGGAACGUGAGCAAGGCGGGCACAGAGGGGAGGGAUCCCUGCCCGCUGGAGCGCUGCCCCACGACCUCCAGCAGGCCAGCCACACCCCUGUGCCAAGGGAGCUUCUGGAAAAGCGAAGCCCUGGACGAGGACAGCCGGACGAACGGCAGGAGGUGCAGGGACCACGUAGGCCAAGCAAGGGCGCGAAGUCAGGGAGUGGGGCUGCCGUCCCGAGAUGUGGGUGCAGAGGCAGGAAGGGGCCGGAGCGGGAUCUGCAUGCUCCAAGGGCCCCCCUGCAUACGUGGUCACUGGCCACGGGCAGCAGAGGCACCUGGGUGUGGCAGUGCAGGGAGGGCAGCCUGGACUCUGGGACCCAGAGGAGGUGCAGGCGCCAGGGGAUGGAGGAAGCAGUCCAGGCAAGCGUGGCAGCGCGCCCCUCACCAAUGCAGAGGUGCAGGAGGGACAGCAGGAGGGACAGGAAGCCCAGCUGGCCGGAGCCUGACAGGGCACAGGGCGCCAUACCUGCCCCCAGCGCCACUGUGCCACGCCCUCGCCUCACCUGCCUUCUGUGGUGCCCGACACGUGACGGACCUGCCCCGUGGCAGUCACUGCAGGCCAAGACACAAACGUGCACCAGGCAGCUAGGAAAACCCUGGUCAGAGUUGGAGGACGCCAGGCCAGAGCCCGCCCCCCGAGCCAGCUCUUCCUAAGCAGAAGCUGCGGGAGGACAGCUGGCAGUGGUGGGGUGUGGUAGGGCAGGAAAGGGCAGGCGCAGGGUGGCACAAGGCAGUGUGGCCAGUGAGCACCGAGGACUGCCUGCCCCACACUCUACCCCACCUCGAGCCUCCACGCCACGCUGAGCCUCCACCAACCACACUGGGCCUCCACCCCCAAAGAUGAGCCUCCACAGUGAGGGUCCGACAGAUUUCCACUGAGAACAGGAAGGCCUGUUGAAGGUCUGCACUAGUUGCUGUGUGAACACUGCCGACCACUGAACUCAGUCCAGCUGCUCAGCCCCACACACAGCAUGGCUCGGCCUUCCUGGGCCACCGAGGUCCGUCCUCACACACUGAAUGAGCUCCCCUAAGGGCUAUAACGUAUUGAGGGUUCUCUGCCCAACCCACCCUGUCUUUUUAGACGUUUCCUACCAGCAGAGAAGGAUUCGUAAGAGCUGCCGACUGUUGUCCUGAAGUCUAAACUGUUCCUAAAUUCACAUAACAGAUUUUAUACUCUCUAAAAU